AAUAUUUCUUUGUGUGACCAAAUCAAAACCCAAAUAAGUCCAUGACCAUCUUUGUCACACCUGUUUCAGAAAUAAAAAUUAAAUAUUCAAAAGUGUUGAAAAGUGCAUUUGAUUUGAACCAAAUAUUGCAAAGCCAAUAAAAAAUUCAAUUAAAGAAGAAAAAUCUUUAAAGCUUCCUGAAAAUGUACAUUUAUGUACACAAUUAUUUCUUACGGUGCAUUCAUAAAAAUAUCCGACAGCACAUUCCUCAUCGACUGCUCGAACAAUACUAAAUAUUCUCCCAAAACCAUUUUGACAGAAAACUCAAAACAAGUUAUUUUUUACAAUUGUGUUGGUGAACACACAGACAUCCCAAGGGAUACUCUUUGCCUAGCCCUGGUAUAAACGAAGUCAUUGUUUGUUUUGUUUUUUUGUUGUUCGCUUGGCCAAACGUCAUUUAGUACCAAAUCGAAUAGAAUAACCAAAAGACGUUGUUAUCUCUGAAAAAACCUCAACGAAAAACAGAACUGAACGAAAACAAAAACCAUCGAGCUGGGUAUCGAAACAUAAAAUGUGGGUGGCAUCCAUAGGCGACCUGUAAAUCCCCCCUUGUUCAGCUGAGUAGUCAUUCGGCAUCCUUAUUACUUACAUAUUAUAUAUAUUUAGCCUUUACAUCAAAUAUUAUCAAUGCAUUUCAUUUGAAAUACUUUAUAUAUUUUUUCAUAUCUCCAAACAAAAGUUACCUGUAUUAUUUUUCUUUUAUUUCAAAUGUUAUUAUAUUCAUUAUUUUGAAUAUCGAUUUGAAUGUUAACUACAACUACUGCAUACCAAUCAGGUCAAGUGAUAUUAUAAAUUUUAAGUCUGUGUGUGUUUUUUUAAAUUUAAUACAAGAAUUUAGUCAUCCAUUCGUUUGUAAGCAGAGAUUAGCGCUGCAGUUCCGGUGUGUCCCAAAAUCCGAAUGGAUGCCUUUACAUGGUUUUGCAUAUAUUUUUGGUUUUUAUUUUUCAUAAUUUUCGGACCAAUGGUAUUUUUCAUAUGCAUCCAUUUGCCAGAGGUGUCUGUGCAAUAUAUUAAGAAAUUGCGUUUUUAGUUUUAAGAUUUUUUGUAUUCUUUCUUUUUAGAUAUAAAUAAACAAAAUGUAUAAACGUUUUAUGAAAAUAUUAAAAAAAAGAAAUUGUGUU